GGCUUUGGCAAUCACGUGAUGUACCUGCUCAUGGCGGCGCUCACUGAGUUUCAGUCUAGUGACUGGUACUCAUAUUCACACCCCAAACAUCUCAUACCCAUCUACACACCUAAGGAAACCCCUUGGUCAAAGAUCAGGAUUACUUGUAUAUCAUGGCCUCAAUCCCUGCUCUGUUUGGAAGGCGUUUGAAGCCUAUUCCGGUUCAGUCCCCGCCGUUCCAGCAGCGCAAAAGGCAUAUCAGAACCAACCAGCCCGACGCAGUACAUAACCAUGC